AUGAGUGAUAUAAGGAGUUACUCGAAGGAAUUUUUAACUCAAUUCAUAGAACUAUAUAAAUCGUUGCCGGCUUUAUGGAAAAUUAAAAGUAAGGAAUACUCUGACCGGAACAAGAAAAAUGAAGCUUAUCAUAUAUUGAUUGAAAAGUUAAAGGAGGUGGAGCCAAAUGCUACAAGAGACACUGUAACAAAAAAAAUUAAUUCUUUGAGGAGCUCUCGUCGCAAAGAACAGAAAAAAAUUAAGGAUUCCCUUAGGUCUGGUGCCAGCACAGAUGACAUCUAUCGAACAUCCCUAUGGUACUUCGAGUUAUUGGAGUUUGUAGAUGACCAAGAAACUGUUCGAAAGCCAGUAUCUAAUUUUGAUUCUGAGCAACGACCGUCAUCGCAACUGUCUACAACUAACAGCAAUGAUCCUCAAUCAUCAUCAAAUGAAGUUGGAAGAUCAUCUACCACAAGAGCUUUUCCACCAAGGCAUAGUGGAAAGCGAGGGGCCAGCGAGGUGGACGAUACAAUAUCUGCUAUAGGAAAACGUUUGAAUGAAUCGAAAGAAGACAGCCACGAUACAUUUGGACGAAACGUAGCUCAUAAGCUUUGA